AGAGCGAAAGGAGAAAACUAAACCUCAUUUAAUUAGCCAUUUUAUGCACCUGCUCCUUAAAUCCAACUUCAACAUUAAAGAUGUUGAAAGAAAUGCGGCAGGUGCUGCGGCUAAUCAAGCUAAUAGGAAAGCAGAGGGAAAAGGCUGGUUUGAAGACUGUUGGAGGACUUUUAGUGCUUUUAUGGACCCAUAAAGCCUCUUCCUCUUUGUUAAACUGCACUGUCGCCGCUGCUGGUCCCUGGUGUGUCGGAGUUAAACUGCAAACCCUUCACUCUGAUUUAAAAAAGAUCCUGUUACCCAGUGUGUGGCCCUGUCCUGAACCUGAUCCUGAGGAGCUGAGUGAUUUCACUGAUCUCUAUGGAUCCCUCCAAUUCCUGUUGACUUUUCAGAUAAAAGAUCCAGGACCUUUUACGCCCAAAUGGUCAGCUCCUAUUAAGGCGUUUCUCCGUUCUUUCAGUUUGACCAAUGCUGGGAUAGGAAUCCUCCUAAAAUUGAACCACCAUGAAGCUAAAUCACAACACCACUUUAGAGUUUGGCUCAAAAGUAAAGUUACCCUUGCAGUCCAACCACCUCUGAUGUUGGACAUUGUUUGCUCUGCACCAACUCCACGCGGUAAUCAGAAAGGCUCAUGGUGUCAGGGAGGACAUCCUGUCGUGGGAGAAAGGUUCCCUCUCAGCAUCCCACCCAGAGCCAUGGAUCAAGGCCUGUUCGGAGAGCUCAGCGUCCAGCUGGUUACGCUGCUCAGCCCCUGUCUGCUGCAGUACCCCAACUUGCCUACAGAACUAUCUCGCAUGCAAGUGUUGGUUUACAGUCCCAGUAACAUCCCUGUGUCUGCCCCAUUAAGCUUCUUCCAAACCCUUCCUGCUGGUUUGGACUGCCAGCAGCUGGGGCUGGACAGGAUCAUCUGCUCCUCCUUCAAAGGAUCCUAUGAUGAUUUCGUGCACAGCUGUGGUGUUGUGUACACUGUGGAGCAAGAAAACUGGGAUGACCCAGAGCAGGAAGCAGGCCAUGCCCCAGUUCAGCAGAGUCUCCUGGUCUUCCUCUUCUUACAGCAUAUCGACCCCUUCACCUCUGAGCUCAGGGAUAUAGUAGCUGAUGAGUUGUUGAUAGAGCACCAUCUAGAGGAUAUUCUGAGCAACAACAACCAGGCUGUCACAUCAGCCUUGAAGGCUGAACUUUUCAACACACUGGAAGCUUCAAAGCAACGAAAAAAGAGACAAGAGAAGCUGCAGUCUGCAGCUGAAGUGAUCCUCAGCUCCACCAUCAGCAUAGUGAGCUCCAGCAGCAACAUCAACUUUAGGAAUACAUGCUUAAAACUCAUGAAGGUAUGUGACACUCAUGAGUUAUCAGCCUCUCUGAAAGAGUCCCUGUGGAGGGUGACGUCAUGGAAAUUUGUCUCUAAAGUCAAGUGCUAUUCUGCUCAGGUCAAGGAUCAAGCUGAGAGUGAUGCACUCUGCAGAGCUGAAAUCUGAAACAUAAUCCCAGGAAUGCAUUUGGAAUGAAUUAUCCUGCAAUUAUUUUCUGUGUCUAGUACACUGGGGAAAAUAUAAUUUACACAACAGUUGUUCCUGUUAUUUGCUGUUCGACUAUAGAUCUUAAUUGCCCUUAUACU